UUGGCUUUCUUCUUCACCAUGGCUGGGUCCGCACAAGACAUUGCAAAGGCUGCAAAAGCUGCGUUUGAAGAAUCGCAGCUAAUACUAUCCGACGAGCGAGUUAAGGCACUGCGUAUAAUCAGAGAUUCACUGGAGUCAAACAAGGCCGAAAUCCUACGAGCAAAUGAAGAAGAUUUGGCGGCAGCGAAACUAGAGGUUGAUGCUGGACGUAUGUCGGAAGUGAUGGUGAAAAGGCUCGAUCUAAACAAGGGUGAUAAAUGGGAUUCCAUGCUACAAGGCGUCUUGGAUGUUGCAAAUCUUCCAGGCCCCACUGGAACAGUUACAUACGCAUCGGAAUUAGACGAAGGCCUCGAACUUUAUCGAGUUACUUGUCCGAUUGGAGUGCUUCUGGUCAUCUUUGAAGCGAGACCAGAGGUAGUGGUGAAUAUCGCUUCACUGGCAAUAAAAUCCGGGAACGCUGCUAUAUUGAAGGGCGGCAAAGAGUCAAACCACACAACAUCCCUUCUUUCAAAAGCCAUUUCUGAAGGUCUCUCGAAGACUGCACUCCCGGUAACGUUUAUCCAGACCAUCCAGACGCGGGCUGAAGUUUCCUCGCUGCUUGAGCUCGAUCAAUACAUAGAUCUUAUUAUUCCGCGAGGAAGCAAUAGCCUUGUUCGUAACAUACAGAACAAUACGCGUAUUCCUGUUAUGGGGCAUGCGGACGGACUGUGCUCUGUCUAUCUGGACGAACAUGCCGACCUCGAAAAGUCUGUUCGAGUAGUCAUCGAUUCCAAGACCGACUACCCGGCUGCUUGCAAUUCUGCGGAAAACCUUGUCAUCCACGAAGCGGUCGUGCAUUCAAUAUGGCCGUCAGUUGCGAAUGCACUGUUGGCGGCUAACGUGAAACUUCUCUGUGAUUCAAAAAGCUUAGAAGUUCUCAAAGAGUUCACCCCACCGCACUCAAACUACCAAUCACACGUACUCCCUUCCGAGCCCUCGUCUUACACCACCGAGCACCUCGAUCUCACGAUAUCCGUGAUUGUCGUGCCCUCUCUAACCGCCGCCAUCCAGUUCAUAAAUUCUUAUUCUUCCCACCACACAGAUAGUAUCGUUUCCGAGUCGCAACAGGCUGCUUCAACCUUCUGCAGAGGGGUGGACUCUGCCGGUACCUUUGUCAAUGCGAGCACACGUUUUGCCGAUGGAUUCCGGUACGGGUUCGGUACUGAAGUUGGUAUCAGUACGGGUCGGAUACACGCUAGAGGCCCUGUUGGUUUGGAGGGACUGGUCAUUUACAAGUACCUGCUACGAAGCAAAUCGCACGGGGGUCAUAUUGUUGCAGAUUUCGGUCCGGGUAAAAAGCAGUAUAAGCACAGCAGGAUUGGUAACACUACUGUACCAUUCUAAUAACGCAAUACACAU